AUGAGUAAUACAGGCCACAAGCGGUCGCUUUUCCACAAGCCGGCGUGGGCAGCGGCCCCCACAGCGUCGUCGUCGGCCAAAGUCGAGGACGCUUCCUCGGUGUUUGGCCGCAAUGUAGCCUACGAUGACAUCCUGCAAGCGGAACAAGCGAAACGCGCGAAAAAAGCGGCGGCGGCCAGAGCCACCACCAAACCGCGUACGGAACAUAGCAAGAGUGUCGUUAGCCCGUCGUCGGCGGCGAAGAGAAGGCGGAUAUCUGUGGAACAAGAACAAGAUCCAAAGCAUGAGGCAGAAGAUGAUGAUGACGAUUUCCUGCGCAAUACAUCUCAUUCCAAAAAGACAAGGGACAACACCCACACUCACAGACAUGAGCAGGACAAGAAGCCCAUAACGCGCAGCACUCCCCGGGAUGAGAAAAUGCUUAGGAACGGCUUGGAGAAAUCGCCUAGGACCAAGGUAGCACGAGGAACAGGGCAAUAUACGGCAUCAUCUUUGAGCGCUGCCGGCGACGAAGAAGAUGACGACCUGGCCAUGGUGUCCACGGCGACAGCGAAGAAGACUACUUCUCUUUCGAAAGCAAAAACCGCAUCUCAGUCUAUCCCUGUCGAUGAGGAAGAAGAAGAAUCAGACGAGGACGAUGAAUAUCUACGGGCGUUGAAGCAAAAGGCCCGCGAAAAGGCUCGGUUACAGCGCUUGGGUCUGGAACCAGAGAAUGCACCGAGUCCCCUCUCAACGGGAAGGUCUUCAGCAACCCCGACCACCGCCACGCGAGCUCCGUCGAUUGAACGAAGUCGUGCUCAAAGCAGCAGGCCUGUGUCAGCCCGUUCUGGUCGGGAUUUCGGCAGGACCGGCACCGCCACACCUGUGCCGACAGAACAGGAGGACGAUCCACAAGUCAGAAUCCUGAUUCAAUCCGACAUCCCGGACACCAAGCCGCUUGUUGUCAUGCGCAAAGCCUCCCAGUCACUCAAGCAGGUCAGGGAGUUCUGGUGCAAGAGAUGGCAGUUGGACGAUGCCGUUGCGAAGAAGGUCUUUUUGACCUGGCGAGGGACGAGACUAUUUGACUCGACUACGACGCGAGGCAUGAUCAAGAAACUUAGAGACGAUUAUCGCCAGCAAAGUCUUGGCUUGGAUGAGGACGACGAUGAGGAUGAUCGUGACCAUGACCCGAGUAAAGGAAACAUUCUCCUGGAAGCAAUGACGCCGGAGAUCUAUGAAGAAAAGCUGAGGCAGAAGGAGAAACUGCAGAGUCAUAACCGGGCGUCUUCCGACGGUGAUAAUCCGGAUGAUAGUGACGAGGCUGAGGCCGGUGUAGCCACUUCUGCUGCCGAAGCGAAGAGGAUACAGGAGGCUGAAAGCUCCAUUGUGAUUCACCUCGUCAACCCGGCCUAUGAGCCCAUGCAUUUACGAGUGCGUCCACAUACGACCAUGGCGAAAAUCAUGCGUGGAUAUGCCGCGACUAAGAAGUUGGAGGAAAACAAGACGCCUUGGCUCAUUUUUGAUGGGGAGCGGUUGGAUCCAGAGGCGACGGUUGAGGAUGUUGGAUUGGAAGACGAGGACGAGGUCGAUGUCAGCAUUAGAUGA